GCAGCAACUUAAAGUUGCUAAGACCAAUAAGCAUUCAAAGCAUGCAAAUUAUGAAAAUCUGGAUAAUUAUAUUUGGUUAGAUAAUAAUAUUGAUAAAAGGGCUUCUGAUUAUUUUGCUGUUUUAUUGACAGCAGCAAAACUAAAGAAGGCUACACAAAAUAUUCAACCUAUUACUACAUACUUAACUUCUGUCUUAAUAUCUUUUAAUAUUGCCUCUGCUUUAACUUCUACCUUUGGAUUGUCAACAGAACUAUAUGUGCCAACUGAAGUAAAAUCAAUAGAAAGUAAAUCAAUAGAGGUGAAAUUAAUUGAGGUGGAAUUGGUAGAAUCAAUGGAAGCAAAUUUCAUAGAAUCAAUAGAGGCAGAAUUGGUAGAAUCAGUGAAGACAAAAUUGGUAAAAUCAGUAGAAACAGAAUUGGUAGAAUCAAUGGAGACAAAAUUGGUAGGAUUAAUGAAAGUGAAAUUGGUAAGAUUAAUAGAAGCAGAAUUGGUAGAAUCAAUAGAGGUAGAAUUGGUAGAAUCAAUAGCAGAUACAUCAGCUGAAAUUGAUGACAAACAAAAAUAA